AUGCAAUUGCACAAAAAUACCACGGCAGAGAUCGCGUGCUGUUGUGGAAAUUGCAGUGAGCAGGAGACAUUGGUAGACCACUACAGCGAAUUCGGUGGCUUGACGCACCCCACACUCCCGCUUAUAUGGAUAGACGAAGGAGUUGAUAGCAUGAAGUACUUUCCCAUGGAACAAAUUUUUUUGCAGUUUCCGCUGCCAGAAGAACCGCAACCACGGCAUAAUCCGUGGGAAAGGCUCCUACCAGAGCCAGAAUACAUACCAUUUCAUCGCGAGCAGCUGGAUAGUCCAAAUUCAUCGGAAACUGAGAGCGAUGAGAUUGAAGAGGACGGGGAGGCAGGCACUGGAAGAAUGGAAGCCAUGCUCUCGAGGAGAUUCUCCAAUGCCGAGCCAUCGAGUGGAGUUCAUCUCUCUCAUCCUAGUAUAGAGGCUGACAGAAGCAAGGAUUAUAUAAUGGUAGUGCCGGACGAUAAUAUCGAUAUCAAAGAUGACUUCAUAGUGGAGGAUGAUGAAGAAUCGCUAAGGACAGCAAAGUGGAAUGUAAAGAUGACUUUACGUUCACAUCUUGAUUCAAUUAGAGCUAUGCAGUUCCACCCUGUUGAACCAGUGCUAAUCACCGCUGGAGAGGAUGGAACAGCAAAACUAUGGAAUCUUGAUGGGACCAAAGAGAAAUCGGGAGGUACGACUGAAAUAGAGCCGGUUUACACUUUCCGAGGACACCUAGGACCUGUAUUAUGCAUGGAUUUUUUGGAUUUUUUUUGCAUGGAUGCGGUUUUUUAA